AUGGGAAAGAGAGAUCGAUCUGCUAAGAAGAAGGAGAAGUGGGCGACGGAUGUUGAUAAUUGGGAGAAGCUUGAUGCUGGCGGCGGGGAUGGGGGGGCUGACGGCGCGGAGAGCGUUGCCAGUCCUGGCAAGGACGGGGAGGAGGUGCCUGAAGGCGAGGCCACGCUCCGGGAAGUCGGAGUCGGCAGCUCAGUGGCGGUGGAGGAGGACCCGACUGGUCGAGAGGAGAGGAAGAAAUCUGCGGCAGUCGAGCCUCUGCUUGUUGAGGGCCUGAAGGGCUCGAAGGAGAUGGGUGGGAUGGGGAUUGAGGGGGGUAAUGAGGAGGAGGAGGAGCUGGGUGGACUGGAGAGGCCGCCUCCUCUGGUUCUGAGCUGGUUUGAGGCGUGGAAGCGGGAGCGGGCUGGUCUUGGUCCAUGUCAUUCCCCAAAUGCGGAACUCGAGAGUCGGGAUGCAGAUGGAGGGCGCAAGAUUUCCAUUGCGAAGGCGUAUGAGAGUCUGGUGGCGGGAGAGGAGAGGAGGGAGAGUGCGGAAGUUCUUCCGCUGAAGUUAGGGAAGAAGAGGGAGGAGGAGCGGAUGGGGAUGUUUGGGGGGUGGAGUGAGGCGGGUGUUGAGAGUGGAAAGGGUACGUCGGUGGAUAAUAUUGGGGGUGAGGAUAAGGAGAAGAGGAUCAGUGGGAAGAAGGGGGUUCAGCCGAAGAAUAUUCUCAUUCCGCCUGGGGGGACGGAUGAAGCUCGGCUCGGUGGUGGGGGACUCUUGUCACGGUCGUCCGGUUGUCCGAUUGCUAUCAGGAUCAUCAUCAACGCGGCGGAGACCUACCUUCAUUGGGUCGAAAGCUCUCGUGGCCAUAAGAAUGAUAAGCUCCCCGACUCUCUGAUCAUGGAUAGUCAAGCUUCGCGGGAGCGCUUCGAUCUUGUGAUGGCCCAUCUCGACGAAGCGCGAUGCAAUGCCACGAGCCCACUGUCCCCCAUCGACGACGAUAAGCCCGACAACACCCCGGGCCCUGAGAUACCCGAGGACCUCAACGCGGAGUUCGGAGAGCUCUACGUAGAAUGCCAGCGGUACGUCGACGACAAGAUGGCAGGCUUGGCGGCCGUCUCGCAGUCCGAGAUCCGGGACAUGCAUCGAGAGAUCAUGGACUGGUAUCGCAAGAUGGUGAUGGCCGGUACCGACGACCAGGAUUUCUCCAAGACGGAUGAAAAGACGAGGGAAGCAGAGAGGCAGAUGCGCAUCUUGUUGAGGAGGAUGUUUGAUGGGUUUGCGCACCACCAUGGGGUUCUGAAGCAAUUGGGGAACAAUGAUCAAGAGGCGCCGAUUGCUGGAUAUAAGAGGGUCAUCGAGGCAGCUGAAGACUCGAUCCCGUAUUUCAGGGUGUUCUCGACGGUUGGGAGGUUCGUUGCCGCGAUUGCGGUGAUCUUCGUGCUUCUCGCUUCGGCCGAUUGGUUUAUCAACACCUGGAUACCGUGGUUAUUUUCUCUCACAAGCAAAGGGGUUUCGCCAAACCGCUUUGCGCUGCCUGAUUAUCAGUCAAAGCCAGACUCGAUAUCGUGGGCUCCUUCUUUCGAGAGCUCGCUGGAGACAUGCGGGAAACAGCUCGGAACGACCAAGAAGUUCUACGACGCGGCAAACGCCCACACCUUCACUGUUCUCGGCGGACUCCACAAUCUGACCCGGAAAUUCACGUCAGAUACCGAGGGCCUGGCUCUGAAAUCCGUGUGGUCGGUUGUGGCGAGCCUCACUCCGCUCGCCAGACUCCUGGGUAGCACGCCGCUGGGGGAGACGCGAGAAGCGAUCCACACCACGGCCACGAAAUACCUGGACGAGGUUGGACGGCUGACGUCGCAUAUUCCUGCGUCUCGACGCACGCUGCAGAACGCACUCGAAGGCCUUGACGCGGGUUUGGCAGCGUUGAAGAGGCGCGAAGGUGACGGGCCCGCGUCGCGGUGUUCUCAGGCUUGGUCGCCUCUCGGUCUCUGGAGGAAAACGGACUGCCAAUUCAUGACUUCUCUUGUGGCAAGGUCGACGGUGGAGAGGGUCCGGUUCAUCAAGGGGGAGGUAGGUGAGAUGCAGAAGAGCUCCCAGGAGGGGGUGUUCGAGCUGUACGACCAGAUUAAGGGGUGGGAGGGGACGGUGCGAAGAGCUGUUCAGGGUGGGCUUGGCGGGGAGGAGAGCUGGUGGAAGGUUAUGGUGGUGGUGAGGGAGGCUGAGAAGGCGUUGGGUAAGGGGGCGGAGGAGAUCUUACGCAGGAUUCGGGGAGGAGAAGAAGAGAGCGGAGGAGAUUUUGUAAGAGCUGUAGGAGGAUAA